AUUUGUUGCCUGGCUCCAAAAGCCAGCAAUGAAGUAGGGACGGCCAGGCCGGCCCAAUUCAUUCUCCUAUUUAGUUCCUCACACACACAUACACAGCGCAUUGGCCAUGGUCGCGCCCGGGAUUCCCACGUGUCAAGUCUGCUUUGACGAGGCCGACGCCGUCGUCACGCAGAUCUGCCGCACCGCCUGUCCCGCGGUCCUCUGCACGUCGUGCGUCGAAGCCUUCCUCAACGUCCAGGCCGAGUCGGCGCUGUACGGCGUGCUCGCCAAGCUCAAGUGCCCCAUUUGCAUUCGACCCACCAACCUAGUCCGCUGGCGAGAGCGGUUAGGAAAGGCCGCCAAACUCCUCGAGCCGUUCGAAACAAAGGUGCUGUCGGCGUGCGACGUCAAGUGCCCGAACUGCCACAACAACAGUUCGAUGCUGCCAGCACAACGCGAUUCGGUCAAGCCGCUCACGCUGCCAACGCACCUCGCACAGCAGGUUCCGGAGCUCCAGACGCGCUGCGGCCAGUACUGCCGCCAUCGCCUCUCGGUCGACGCGCUCUACGACUAUGUUUGCGCCACGUUUCCGGGCCACGACGAUGUCAUUCUGACCGCGAUGUUGCCACUCAUCCACGACGUCGAGCGCCGAGCGACGCUCUUCCUUCGCUGGCGCCGUGACGCGCCGUUCAUUCAGUCGCCGUGCUGCAAGGCCGACUUGUGUUUUGCUUGCAAGGUCGGCGGUCACCACUUGGGACAACCGUGUGCGCCGGUCGAGGCCAUUGACGACAUUGCGCAGUGCCCAAGCUGCAAGCUGCACCUCGUCAAGGGCGACGGCUGCGACUCGAUGAACUGCUUUUGCGGUAUGUACUUUUCAUGGUCUUCCGAACGCAUGGCCUUCCAGUUCCAGUGCGUGCGUCCCGAGGUGCUUUCCAAGCUACGGAUUCUCGUGCGCCGACACAAGCCGCGUCUUUGCUGGUCUGUCGUCCAACGCCACCUGCCGGGCAGUGAGUGGUUCUACCGGCUGCACUUGGCCGAGCACCAGCGCCUCGCAUCCAGCAACACGCUCGCACCGUGGCUCGGUGGCAACGGCAUCGAGCUCGGCAUGAGUAUGGAAGCCCUCGCGGCACUCAAGCCGGACUUGUGGACCGCCGAUGAUUUCUUCAAGGACGCCCCGGUCGCACCGGAAGUCCUUAACUUUACGUGCCGGUACGUCUGGGUCAGCCUGGACCAAGUCGCCGAUCUCUUCCCGAGCCUGCCGCCAACAGCGACGUACGACGGUGGCAGCUACGCCUGCUUUAUGUUUGACGCGACCAACGCGCUUCGCCUCGUCUCGCUGCGCUUCUACCCUCAGUACAUGCACCAGUGGAAGUCGCCCGACAGUGCUCCGCUCCUCGGUUACUUCUCGACGCUGCUCGGCGGCACCAACCAAGACACGCUCGUCGACCAUGGCCACACGGUCGUGUCGGUCCAGGACCUCGAAGGCAUGCCACACCUCGAGUUUGUGGAUGUGCGGGCGCCACCAGAGAUCAACGGUCGCGCGUUCACGCCAUAUCUCAAGGACCAGCGGCUUCGCGACGUGAUUCUGCCAGCAUGCAAGCGGCCGGACGUGCGCCGGGCCAUGCGCGCGGUCCAGCGCCACCUUCGGACCGCUGUGUGGAAGCGUAAGUGGGGCUACGUCAUGGCCGAGGUCGAGGCAGCCGAUGUCGCUGCGCGCGCCAAGGUGUUCUGGGCCAACUACUGGGCGACGCUGCCAGCCGACGACAAGGACGCGCUCAUUGAAGACAUGAACAGUGUUUUCGCCAUGGAAUUUGACGAUUAAAAUGCAUUGAUGUCGACUUCGUUCGCAGCAAAUCAGACAAUUUCUUGGCCAGAA